CUCACGCCCUGCUGCUGCUCUGCUGCUGCUCUGCUGCCCCCCCCCGUUGCUGCUCCAGUUCCACGGUCGUCACUCCUUUCUAACUCAGUCACUCGUUUGAUUUCUACAGACCCUCUGUACUAUUCUUCGCAUUUUCAUUCUACCUUCAUUUGAUUUUCACUUCCACAAUCUUUCCCAUCCUGCAAACAUGCAUCUCCUGGUUCUCGCCCUGGCGUCGCUCGCCUCGGCCAUCAGCAUCACCCAGCCGGCGUUGAAUGCAUCCUACCCCGCGGGUUCCACCGUCACCGUCAACUGGACCACCGUCGACACCGAUCCCACCUACUUCAGUCUUUACCUUUGGAACUUUGUGUACUGGCCCCCGACCUACGUGCCCCUGGCGAUCGACAUCCCCACCGCCGAUCUCUCCUACCCGGUGCACAUCCCCUGCGACACCACCCCGGAAUGGGGCUACCAGAUCAGCGGCAUCAACGGCACCAACGUCUACAUCAUCUACGCGCAGAGCGACAAGUUCACCGUGUCGGAGGCGAUCAACCAGACUGCCUGUGUGGAUACGCCUGCUACUGCUGCUGCUGCCUCCGCCUCCACCUGCGGGGCCCCCUCGACCGUUUUUGUCACGGUGAGCCCUACCGCGUCCAGCACUCCUUUAUUCCACCACCACCACCACCACCACCACUCCACCCAUCUCCUUCCGACUCCUUCACCCUCCACCACUCCCUCGCGCUCCGUCAAGCCUGGAAUCGUGCCUAAGACUAUUGGUUGGUGUUCAGACUAUUCCCACCCUGUGACCCUGGACAAGGUCCCGACGCCGACCGAUGUGCCGGAGUCUGUCCCCGCGGUGGCUAGCGUGACUUCGAUUCCGACGGGCACCCCGGAUGUGAUUAUCCAGACGGUCACCACCACUCUGGGUGUGGCGGCUUCGGAUGCCAGCUGUCCGUUUGCUUAGUCGGAAGCCUUACUUGCUUGGAUGAGUUCAUUGUAAUCUAAGAUGGCUUGCACAGUCAUGAUUCACCGCCGUGUAUCUUAUUUCUCUGUGUACAUUUUAACUGAAAGCUAAAUUGAUCAGUAAGAUUCGUUGGAAUUCUUGUUGUCUGUACCAGCGGAAUGACAACGACGCGUCGCGCUAUGUAUGCCUCAGGCCAUCCUUGCCACUUAACGUUCUUGAAUCACCC